AUGCCCGUCUAUCAUGUUGCUCUCUUCAAGCUCAAACACGAUGCCGACCCUAAACAAAUUCAUCGGUGGCAGGCUCUUGCACACGCAAUGGUCGGCAAAGUUCCAGGUCUGAUAUCCCUUCAAGCUGGGUCGCCUCUUGAAUUCACAGCGCAUAUGGCAAAGGGGUUCGAUAUGGGGGUUGUGGUGUUAGUAGACUACUCUGAGAGUCUGGCCACCUUUUUUACGCAUCCCAGUCACGACGAAGUCCAUGAGCUAUACCAGCAAGUCUGCGAAGAUGGGAGCACAGUUGGAUAUGAUAUUGAGUUUUAG